AUGGAACUACUCAAUGAAGGCAUCAGCUUCCACAGCUUUUUCCUGCUUCUGAUGCCUUGGAUGAUGCUAGUCACAGGUAUGUGUAUUUUAUUCAUAAAACCUAUAUGACUAUGAUAAAUGAAAAAUAGAUAAUUUCCUAAAAUAUUAUAGUUUGGUAAACCAGGGUGCCAUGGUGAUACCGAUUGGGACCUGAAAUAGAGCAUUUAUCUCUGUCCUGAUGAGGGAAAAAAACAAAACACUUCCUAUGGCCUGUUCCACAAAGACUGUUAGUGAGCAAAAGCUGUCUCUGCGUUUUGAAACAGCAGGGACAGCUUCUGAGAUCCCCACCUGUAUAGUAUAUUGACUCACAAUGCUGGGAGAAUGGAACUUUAUAUCACCUUCUCUAAGCACUAUGAGUAUAAAUGCUGUCUGGGAGAGCAAGGGGAUCCCAGUAGCUGCCUUUGCUAUUGCAGCACACAGAGACAUCUUGUUAGAUAUCAUGGACAGAAUGUUGUAUAUUCCUAUCUUCUCUUCGUACUCACUACUGACAAAGUGAACCGCUUGGGAAGACAAAUCAGAAUUAUUUGAAUUUUUAUUCUUUUUUUUCAAUUUGAAAUUUUAUUUUCAUAAAGACAAGGAAAUGGGGUACAGAAGAGAAGGGGGAGCUUCAAACGUACAUAGUGGGGUUGUACAAUCUUUGCUAUACAUGUAAUGACAUAUAACUUUAAUCAAGGGGGGGGGAGGAACAGAAAGGAAGGAGAGGGGGGGGUGACACCCUUGACACAACCUAACAUUUCUCACUUAGUAUUUACACUGAUUUCGAGGUGUUUCAGUGGGUGGUGCGCGUGGGAGGGGCUCCUGGUGGUCGGGGAGUUCGCUCAUGUAGCUACGUACGGUGUCGUUGUACUGAAUUUUGUGAGGUCGGUUUGUUACAAUAUUGUUCAAAGUCCCCUAUCUCCGGGAGGGGGGAGGGUGUCGCCGCUGAGCAGGGUGUCUGUAUUGUGUUAUGAGGUUAGAGAGGGGGGGGCAGGAAAGUGGGGGGUUCCAGUGUAUUGGAGGGCAGGUGAUAGGUGGAAGGGGGUAGCAGCGUGGUACCGGUUUGCGGCUGCUGGUGGGUCCUAAGGUCAUGACCUCUAUGUUACAGGAUAGUCUGGUAAGUGUGUCGGGAGAUCGGUGCUGGUUUAAAGGGUGUUGUCCUUUUGGCAGCCAGUGCUGUGGCUUCUCUGUGGGCCUAUGAAGAACUGUGUUGGUGUUGUGUGAGUUGUUGUGUGUAGUUUCGCCAUAUCGUGGCGGUGUAGGGGCUUAGUUUCCCGAUUUUUGCCUGCUUCCACAUGAUGAGUUCGUACUCCAUUGCCAGUGUCACUUCUAUUUCAACUUCUCGGAUGGAGGGCAAGUCCGCUGUUUUCCAUUUUCUGGCUAUUAAUAUGGACACCGUGCCCAGGAUGAGGUAUAUCAAUUUCUUGAUCGGUUUUGGAAAGUCGUCUGGAAGCAAUCGGAGUAGCAUUGUUUUAGGGUCAAGAGCUAAUUGGAGAUUUGUGACAUUCCUUAUAAGUCGGGCUGUAGCUUUCCAUAGAUCUUGCACACUGUCGCAUGUCCUCCACAUAUGUAUCAUAGUUCCCUUAGUAGCGUGGCAGCGCCAGCAUAGGUCUGGAGUGUCGGGGAAUAUGGUGUGCAGUCGGGUCGGUACCAUGUACCAUCGGUAUAAGAUUUUCCUGGAUGCUUCCAGGUGUGCUGUACUUGUUGUCAGCCCUACAUGAGAAGUGAAAAUCUUUUCCCAGUCUUUUGGGGAUAUUGUGACUUGGAGGUCUGUCUGCCAGUCCUGCAUGAACUUCCAUGUGACGUUGUUUUUAGGGUUGGCAAGGUAGUCGUAACAGGUGGAGACCGUUUUCUUCGGGGGGUCUAGGGAGAGGCAUUGCGCUUCAAAUUUCGUUAUGGAUGAUCUCAGUGAGUGUUCCAUAUCUGUGAUUACGUUGUGGGUUAUCAGUGCUUUGAUUUGUAGAUAAGCGAAUGUGUAGUUCGGGGAUAGGGCAAAUUCUUUCUGUAGGUCUGGGAACGUUUUGAGACCCUCCUUGGUGCACAGUUGGUAGACAUGUGUAAUUCCUUUUUCUUCCCACUUGUGAUGUGGGAAUGUGCCAUUGCAUUGGUGCAGGGUCCGGAUUGGAGUUGCCAGGGCCCACGGGUGUGCUGAGCACAAUAGGUCCCUGUAGGUGUCCCAUAUUGUAAGGAGGCGUUUUGUGUUCAGCAUGGUUGUAGGUUUCUGUCUUAAGUGCCGGGGUAUCCAGAGCAUUGUUGGCAGGUCCUGGUUCCCAGUAUAAUUAUUCUCUAUCGCUACCCAUUGGGGGUUGUAUGUGGCCGAGUGGGCGCUGAUCACAUUCGUAAGGAUGACGGAGUGAUAAUACGCUUUGAUAUUAGGAAAGCCCAUUCCCCCAUGUUUCGCAUUCCUCAGCAGUAGUGAUUUGGGGACUCGAGGGUGUUUGCUGCCCCAGCUGUAUCUGAGGAGGGUGGCCUGUAGUUUUGUGAGAUAGCUUUGUGGGAUUUUGAUUUGUAGCGUCCGGAAGAGAUAGAGAAUUUUAGGUAGAAUUGUCAUUUUCAAUGCCGCUAUUCUUCCAACCCAUGAUAGGUAUAGGCCCUUCCAUGUUUGCAGUUGGGUGUCUAUAUCUUUGUGCAGUUUUGUGUAGUUGGUAGGAAAUAGCUCAUUUUCUCUGUGGGUUAUUUUGACACCCAGGUACACCAGAUAGUCUUCCCUCCAGUCAAAGCAAUGGCCGGAUUUCAGGAGUGUUUCUAUGUGUUUUGGUGUGUUGAGGCACAUUGCUUGUGUUUUAGCCACGUUGAGCUUGUAAUAAGACUGUUGGCUGUAUGCGUGUAUUUCUUUGUGCAAGGAGGGGAGUGUUAUGAGUGGCUGUGUGAGUGUGAGGAGGAUAUCAUCGGCGAAUAAGCUUAGUUUGUAUUCUGUCUGGCCUACUGGUACACCACGGAUGGAAUCAUUGGACCGAAUUGCUAUUGCCAAGGGUUCCAAGGCUAACACAUAAAGGAGAGGGGACAAUGGGCAUCCUUGUCGGGUUCCAUUUGUAAUGGGGAAGGCCUGUGAGCUAAAUCCCGAGGUGAGUACCGUCGCCCUGGGGUCACUGUACAGGGCUCUGACUGCAGAGAGGAAGGGGGCUGGGAAGCCGUAAGCCUGUAGGGUUUCCUGAAGGAAUUGCCAGUUCAGGCGAUCGAACGCCUUCUCGGCGUCUAGGGAUAGCAUAACACUCGGUUGUUUGGUGUUUUUUAAUAUUUUGUAUAGGUCCAGUACUUUCCUGGUGUCAGAAUUAUUUGAAUUUUAAGUAGCAGUAUAUGUGUGUUUGUGUCUAGAUAUAUCAUGCUUAGACCGACCAUUUAAUGGACCUGACAUCUAUAGAGGCACUUACAUAUAAGCAAUUUAAAAAAUAUUACAUUCUUCCCCAAAAUGUUGCCACAAGUUAAUAAAAAUAAUUUCCUGUACAUGGUCUACCUGAAAUUAACAUCUUAUCAUAGUGAGACUUGAAAUGUGUAGAAAGAUGUUGGGUAUUGUACAGCUUGUCAUACAUUAGCAGUGCACUGGGUCUUCUUAAUACUCAUAUGCAUGUUUCGGACAUUCUCUGUUCUAUAAGAAAGGCGAAGCAGGUAAAAUGGGCUGUCACUUAAGGCAUGUGAAUGGCUCCGACACGCCAAGUAAUAAACUUCAUAUGUUGCUUCUCUCAAAGAAAUAAAAUAUCCUUGACUGUACAUUUAGUUGCACAUAAAUCCUGCAAAGCCGAUAUUUUUUUUGUUUUUGUUUGUUUUUUACCAAAACAUUACCUGUCUAUCAGGAUGUUUUUAUGAAUUCAUCAAUUCAUUUCAAUAAAUAAUGUUAUGGUAUGAUUUUGACUUUUUCAAUGUUAUUCACUUAUAGUGAGAAUUCAAGGUUAAUUCAAAAUGCAUUUCAAAUUUAAGGUGAAAAUAGCUCCAAGAAUACGUUCUGUCCGUUAUGCUUUCAGUACAGCUAUUCUUUGAAAUUCACUUUGCAUUCUUACUUUAGAAAAAAACUAAACGGUUUGUGUGUGUGUAUAUAAAAUCAUGGAAUAUUAAAAUGAUGUGUAGUCACAAUGCAAACGUUUUAUUGUUACCACUAAAGGAUGGGGUCCAUACAAUCGUUAACAGUUUUUUCUUCAUUUUAGGUCAAGUCACUCCGUCAACCUUCAUUUUUGCAUUUGUGGCCGACACUUGUGUUGUGGGCUUUCUCUUCUGUUUUGCUUUUCUCGUCUUACAUUGUUCUCUUCUACAUUCUGGAGCUACAACCAAAGAAUGGUUUGGUGGUCAUGCACGUGCUUAUGACCAUGGCUGGAAGACGAAUGUCAGAAACUUUUUGGGAGAGCGGUGGUACCUUAUCUGGGUUUCUCCUUGGAUAGAAUCACAGUUAAUUGGUGAUGGUAUUCAUUUUACAGCUAGAAACAUUGUUCAACCCAAGUCAUCUCAUCUUUAACUGUCAUGUAUGGGAUAACAAGACAUCCCAUUUAUAAAAUGGUAAGUGAACUAGUUUCUCUAAUGCCAUUGGCCCCAUACUCCUACAAAGGCUGGCAAAUGGAACAAUUGUUGCCCUGAGUCACUAGCACGGGAGGGCUGACAAGAGGAGCAUUGGCUGCAGCCUCACACCCUUCUUGUGCAGUUUAAAAUAGCAAAUUUCAGAUUUCAGAAAUUUCAGAUUAAUAAUAGUUUUGACUUUGCUGGCACAGGGAAUGUUUGUAAAGCAUGCAGAGACCUCUGCAAGUGAUCUUUCACUCUACGUAGGUCAUAUUGAUUGAGGUUGCAGGAAUUUAUGAUGUCAGAACCUGCAACUUAAAGGACCGCUAUAGGCACCCAGACCACUUCAGCUCAAUGAAGUGGUCUGGGUGCCAGGUCCAUCUAGGAUUAACCCUGCCUGCUGUAAACAUAGCAGUUUCAGAGAAACUGCUAUGUUUACAUAUGGGUUAAUCCAGCCUCUAGUGGCUGUCUCAUUGACAGGCGCUUCCACGCUUCUCACUGUGAUUUUCACAGUGAGAAGAUGCCAGCGUCCAUAGGAAAGCAUUGAGAAUGCUUUCCCAUGGAGUGGCUGAAUGCGCGCGCAGCUCUUGUCGCGCAUGCGCAUUCAGCCGAUAACGUCAGAAGGAGGAGGAGAGUCCCCAGCACCAAGGGAGCCCGGCGCUGGAGAAAGGUGAGUGUUUAACCCCCUUCCUCCCUCUUCAGCCUGGCGGGAGUGGGACCGUGAGGGUGGGGGCACCCUCAGGGCAUUAUAGUGCCAGGAAAACGAGUUUGUUUUCCUGGCACAAUAGGGGUCCUUUAAUUUGUCAUUUUCAUAUGUUGUGUGUUUCGUAUGAGAUCUGAGUCUCAAGACCAUUCGGUCUCUGAAUCUCAAGACCAUUGCCAGCUAUCCUCUGCCAUACAUAUUGUUUAUAAUAUAAGGUAGCAUGGGCAAUAAAAAAAAAAAAAUGUCAAGUUGGCUUCCAAAUAGAUCUGUAUCUUUUUUUUGUUGUCCUGCAGAACAGACUUCCUAGUUAAUGGAGAUAUGCACAUGUCCCAGAGAUAAGACCAUCAUAUCAUACUUAAAAAUGUAUACUUUCUUCUUUUUCAGAUUUUGAUUGAAAAUCCGCAGCUGAGAAUUUGUCUUUGGGGACAUCCAUUAGACAGCUGUAUAUAAGUUAAAUAUUGUUUCAUAUGUACAGAAAUAUGGUACUCUAUUGUGUGUCUGUGUGCAUACAUACUAUAAAUAAGGAGUAAACUUUUUUAUAUAAUCCUUCCAAAGAAUGUCUUAAUUCAUGCCUUCCAAACAGAAUACACAUUUCACUUUUAUUUAGAUAGAUAUUUGGCACUUUGAAUUGAAAGAGGCUGUUCAGUCUGCUUGGCAAAACCUUUUGAUCAACACAGUUGCACAUUAUCACAAUGAUUUUUUUUUAAAUGUUUAUAUUUCUUAGCAGACUCCAGGCAUGUUGGCAAAAUGUUGUUAUGGCACAUUGCCCAAAUUAAAAAAAUAAAUAUAUAUAUCAUUAUUUAGCAAGUGUACCCCUAGUGAAAAUAUGUAAACACAAAGAGGAAACUGAUGGUGAAGUAUGUAAAGAAUAGAGUAAGGGGAGUGUAAAUAAAAUUAUGCAUUCACACUCUAUAGGAGUUUAGGUACAGCUCCAACGUCUAAGUUACCCUAACUUUCUUUUUUUAUUUGAUGUAUAUCUAAAAACAACUUUCAAAAGAUACAGAUCUCAUGUCUGCGACCUUCUGUCCAAUCACCGACUUCUUAAUGCAGCUCAAUGAGAAGUCUAUACAAGGCAGUUUAGUUCUAGUGAGACAAACAACCAGGAAGUAACAGGACCGAUUGUCUGACAGCCAGGGGAGUGUAACAAUGUUAACCCCUUAAUGACAGCGGGCAUGCUAUGCCGUCCGCUCUAAAAGCCAGCGGGUGGCAUAGCACGUCCACGCUGUCCAGGGGACUUACCUGCAUUUUUCACACACAAAUGGCACUAACACUGACAAUAUAAUUAUUAUACGGUUUUGACACACUGAUAUUUGUGUUCAGCAAAGUCUUCUGAGUAUAACAGUACCCCUCGUGUACAGGUUUUAUGGUGUUUUCAAAAGUUACAGAGUCAAAUAUAAGGCUUGUGUUUCAGUUUUUUUUCACAUUGAAAUUCGCCAGAUUGGUUAUGUUGCCUUUGAGACCAUAUGGUAGCCCAGGAAUGAGAAUUACCCCCAUGAUGGCAUACCAUUUACAAUAGUAGACAACUAAAGGUAUUGCAAAUGGGGCAUGUCCAGUCUUUUUUAGUAGCCAUUUAGUCACAAACACUGGCCAAAAUUGGAGUUCAAUUUAGUGUUUUUGCAUUUUUCACACACAAACAAAUAACGCUAUCUUUGGCCAGUGUUUAUGCUGAAGACACACUUUUCACACAUAAAGCCCCUUUAGCAUGCUAAAGUGUUUUAAGUGUUUGAAGUAUUCCUUUAAGCAGUUUGACUAUUCAUGUGGGAUGGCAAUAGUACAUUAUUGGCACCAUAACCACUACAGUAGUGUAUUAUGUAGCUUGAAGUGUUCAUUAAACAUCUGUGUGCACUUUGGGGGGGUAUCUUUGAUGCCAAUAUUUUGCAUGUAAGAUAAAUGCUAAACUGUUUUGGAAUGAAUAUGUUACCAACUAGUGUCCCUGGUGUUUAUAAGCUGUCAGCUAUGUUUUCAGUUCAGCUGUUUGGCUCUAGUAUGAUGUGAUGCUAUCUAUAAAUUAAACAUUAUAAAUCCACCGUAUUUGUACACCAGCGGGGAGGACAAUCUUGAGUGCUGGCUAUUCUUAGCUGUUUUUCAGAAGCUGUCAAACUGCAUCCUGCAGAUUAAGAACAAUGCAGGGAGUUCAGGACAGGGAGGUAAUUUAUUUAGAAGUCUUACCAUAGGCAUCACUGAACUCUGCAAUCUAUGACUGCAUUCCUAUUUUUUUCCCCAGAAGACAUUAACAGUUUUUUUUCAAGGGAAAAUAGCCUGCCAGAGGCUUCUCAAUGGAAAGCCUCUGGAACUAUCAUCUGUGCACACUCACCAUGCUGGUAUGAUCUGAGGUCUGUGAAGAAGUUAUGGGCGAAUGGAGAGGUGGGGGCUAUUGACAGCCAGGAAGUGUUUCAUUAUUUAGAAAAGUGCCUUUGAAAUGGGAUACUCCUCACCCAUAUAGAAUUCAGCAAGUGCUUCGUGGGUGUGGAGGUGUCCUGUAACAACUGGAGUGUGAAAGAUAGAAUUAAACGUAGAAAUAUACAACUGGGUGCCUCCAUCUUUGCUACAUGUCAGUCAUUCUUAUAAGCUCUGUCUUUAGGCACUCAGCACAGAGAAAGCAUGCAAGGGGGAGGAGAAGUGAAAACAUUAAUUCUAUUUUUCUUGCUCAUUUGCAUUGUUUGCCCUGGCUUUACCUUGUCUGUACUUACUUAUGGUGUCAUUUGCUAAAUCUUUAUUAUACAAUUUAAAGAAAAACGUGUCUCUCACAAAAAAAAAAUUAACAAAAGUGUUUUUAGUGGUGUAUUUUCCAGGGAAGUAACAAUUCCCCUUAAAGUAUUUUUCAUCCUAAAAUGUCAGCACAUCCUUCUAUACCUAUUCUAUACUUAUCUAUUGGCAUAAGUAUACACUAUAAGAGAGCGCACAAAUACCAUAUUUUCCGGCGUAUAAGACGACCCCCAACUUUUCCAGUUAAAAUAUAGAGUUUGGGAUAUACUCGCCGUAUAAGACUACCCCUCUUCCAAUGCACACCAAAUAAAAAUUAGCCAUGAUGUACAGUGAGCAGACAGAGCUACACAGCAAGACAUUAAAUAAUGAUAAUCUGAAAUGGCAUUUAAAGUCCAGGUAUGUGCCAGGCUGUUUGGGCAUAUAAUCCAUGCCUGCUGGUCUAGCACACAGGAGGCUAAUUUUUUUUACUCCAUUCUUUUUACUCCCCCCCUCCAUUUUUUUUACUCCCCCCCAUUCUUUUUACUCCCCUCCCCCAAUCCUCCCUACAUUCUUCUCACCUCCCCUUCCCUGUGCAGAGUGGGUGGCCGAGCUCCUCUUCGUCCUGUCAGUCCGGGUACUGCACGGUACAGGAAAUUCAGUUACCUGUUCCCGGCCGGACUGAAAGGAAGUGAGCACUGAAUCUGAGAACUGAAUCUCUUGUACCGCGCGGUACCCGGCCGGACUGACAGGACGAAGAGGAGCUCGGCCACCCACUCUGCACAGGGAAGGGGAG